AAAUAUCCCAUAGACGAUGAGAAGGUACGCCAGAAAGCUUUACAGGUCAAAGAAUGCAUAGCAGUGGAAAAUUUCCAUCCCACCAGUAUAUGGUUGGAAGAUUUCAAGUUGACCUACGGCAUACCAGCUUUCGAUAUGGAAACGCUGCGCAAUAAUGUGCCCCUAACUGAAGAAAAACAUCCUCAUUUGAGUGCCAUAGAUAUGAUUCAAUAUGUUAGUCAACAGGAACAGGAAAAAAGUUAAAAAAUUAUAAAAAUUCCAGAAAACGGAAAUUACCCCAAGAACAUUUUCCAGACGAAGAUGAUUUAAGUGGAAACCACUAUACGCUGGAGCCUACCAUUAUCUAUGAAAGCAAUGAUGACAACUAUGAUGAUGAGGGCCCUUUUAAUAAUGCGGCACCCAGCAGUGCUGGCGACAGUGAUCACGAGAUUGAGGUUAUAAAACUCCAAAAUAAUGCAAAAGGCCAGGAGCAGUAUCGUGUUAAAAUACCACCAAUGCCUGCUGCCCAGAGAUGGCGGUUACCCAAACGCCGUUCCCUUUCGCCCCUGCCCGAUAUUGAAUCUGUUGAUGAGGCUAUGCGGCAUUUAAAGGCACUCGAGGAAUAUGCCAUGUUGCAGGACAAUUUUCGAGCUAUAGGUUUGUUGACACAAUUGGAAGAUGUUUUCAAGAAACAAAAGAAAAAAUAAGUACCCAGUACUUUAAGUAGGUAUUUAGCUUAAGAACAGUUUGGGGAGAAAGCGUUCAAAAGAGAUUUACUUUUUUGCAAAACUUAUGCUUGGAACCAGAAUAAUAACUGCCAAAACCACUAAAAUGUUGGUAAUCGAUUUGUUGGGCAGUUAUUCGAAAUCUGGUGUUUUCCCCUCUUUCAAUCAGCUGAUUUUAGUGAAAUGGUGAAAGAAUCAAGUUACAAAAAUUUUAGUGGUUUUGGCAGUUAAAAAAAGCGCUUUAUGAUAAUAACCAAAUGAAAUCAAGACCCCGAAUAUAACAAAUUAAAAAACAAUUGAGAAGUUGGGUUUUAAGAUUUUGGGACAUCAACUUCCGGGAACGCACGUAAUUGAAUGCAUUUUUUAAUUCCUCCCCCCUCAGCAUACUUUUGCCCAAUUUUUAAAAUAUUAUAUUUUAAGUUAAUUAUUUGAUUACACGUAUUAAUUCCUUCACAUUACAAAUGCAUGUAUAUUACAUGUGUAUUUUCGAGAACAAAAAAGGUAUUGGAAAACCCGUCAACAUUUUUUUGUAAUCAGCCAAAAGUGAUAAUUUUAGUUUACAUUCCACAAUGCCUACAUCGACUUUUAGUUUUUAUUUAUUUUUUAACAUCAGAAGAAAGUGGUCAUUAAUUGAUUUUGCAUUCCAUAAUACCGAUGUCAGCUUUUGUUCAUUCAAUAACAAAUGAAGUGUAUCGAUCCGUCAACUUGUUGUCUGUAGACUGUACAUUUUAAUUUUAUAAUUAUAACUUAUAGGCAUUUUACGAAGCACAUAUUUCAAGAGUUUUAAUAACAAUAAUUUAGUUUUACAUAAGCAUUUUUUAUAAAAAACAGUUUGUUAUAGCUUAUUUUAUAACAGCAUUUCGAUAACAAAAAUUUAUCGAUUUGAACUGGGACUAGAUUUUUUUAUAUAUUUGCAUACUGUGUUUUGUGUCCCAUAAGUAUGCUUGUGAAGAACUAAUAUUUUAAAUGUAGUUUUUAAACUAAUUUGAAUUAAAAUAUAGGCACACAUUGUUUUAAAUGUGUCUAAAAACAUUCCAUUUUAAAAAAGGUCUAUUUUUGUUUCUGUAGUA